CUCUCAGAAGUUGACUGGUUGCGUUAUAACAGAGAUUAUUUCAUAGAAUUAUUUGAAAACCCUUGUGAGUUCAAAGCGGGACAGAAAAUGGACGGAUGGAUUUUAAGAUCGAGUCGGUGGCCUGUCGCUUUAAAUAUCUCUACCCUAAAGGAUUAUGGGUAAUACAGCUCCUUUCCCUUCUGGCGAUGCGGGAGGAGGGGCGAUCGUGCUUCAGCAAAUCUUCCUGAAUUUGGACCGAAUGUUGCGAAUCCUCGACGCGAGACGCCCCUGAUCACUACAUUACUGGACGAAAACAUCAUUCGUGCAAUCUUCGUGUCCGCUUGGAGUCGUCUCGGCGCACCUUGAAGCUUCUCGGCCGAGUUUAUCUUAGCGUAGUUUAGCAUAGCUUGCUAACAAAGAGACGCGUUUGUGAUCAACACUUCGCUCAGCAGAGAUCAAGCGUGAGAGCGGAAAGUGUCGUGAUCGCCGUGUGAAAAUGUGUGCAAGAAGGACCGGAGAGUACGAGGAGGAACUUUGGGGCCCAAAAGAGGAGAAACAGCCACAACGUCAACUACUAGACGCCGUGUUCAAUCUGCAACCUCGAAUUGUGCUACGCAGAGCAGACAUCACUGAAGCUCUUCGUACUGCGAGGCAGGAGGCAUUGCCCCCUCACAUUAAAGAGGAAGUGGAGGACGAAGAGGUCCACCACAUCAAAGAGGAAGAUGAGAAGGAUAUCACCAAGUUUCCAUCGACUGGUGUCCCUUUAAAGAGUGAAGCUGAAGGUCAAAGUGAGGAGAGCAGAAGGGCGGAGCAGAUGACAACAGAAGGUGUUGGCGACCACUGUGGAGGAUCAAAAGCAGACAGAGUCUUAGCUCCACUAUCAGAUGGGAACGACAUUACGUCACACUCUACUCAGAGUGAUGAUGAUGAUGAUGAUAAACAGUCUAAUGGCGACAUGACAUAUCACACUGACAACAAACGAUGGAAAUGUUCUGCGUGUGGGAAAGCCUUUGCUAAUAAGAGCAUUUUGAAACAACACAUGAGAACACACACUGGAGAAAAGCCUUUUUCCUGCUCAGUUUGUGGUCAAAGAUUCUCUGUGAAGGGAAACUUAAAAAACCACACAAGAACACACACAGGUGAGAAACCGUUUGUAUGCUUAGAUUGUGGCCAAAGAUUCUCAAAGAAGGAACACUUAAAAAGACACACAAGAAUGCACACUGGUGAGAAACCUUUUUCCUGCUCAGUUUGUGGUCAAAGAUUCACUCAGAAGACAGAUUUAAAAAAACACACAAGAACCCACACUGGAGAGAAACCUUUUUCCUGCUCAGUUUGUGGUCAAAGAUUCACUCAAAAGGCAAACUUAAAAAAACACAAAAGAACACACACUGGUGAGAAACCUUUUUCCUGCACAGUUUGUGGUCAAAGAUUCACUCAGAAGGCAGUUUUAAAAAACCACACAAGAACACACACUGGUGAGAAACCUUUUGCCUGCUCAGUUUGUGGUCAAAGAUUCUCUGUGAAGGGAAACUUAAAAAGUCACACAAGAACCCACACUGGUGAGAAACCUUUUUCCUGCUCAGUUUGUGGUCAAAGAUUCUCUGAAAAUGGAAACUUAAAAAAGCACACAAGAACCCACACUGGUGAGAAACCUUUUUCCUGCUCAGUUUGUGGUCAAAAAUUCCCUGUGAAGGAAAACUUAAAAUUACACGCAAGAACCCACACUGGUGAGAAACCUUUUUCCUGCUCAGUUUGUGAUAAAAAAUUCUCCGUGAAGGAAAGCUUAAAGUUACAUACAAGAAUCCACACUGGUGAGAAACCUUUUUCUUGCUCAGUUUGUGGUAAAACAUUCUGUGUGAAGGAAAGCUUAAAAUUACAUACAAGAACACACACUGGUGAGAAACCUUUUUCCUGCUCAGUUUGUGGUCAGAGAUUCUCUUUUAAGUAUCUGGCUAAGACACACAAGUGUGCUGGUGAGAAUAGCACUGAUCAAGAUGUUUUUUAUGAAAUGUAAAUGUUUAAUCUAAAAAGUAAUUACUGAUGUACAAAAAUAUACAUUCUGGUAUUGUGUGUACCAGCUUUUAUUGUAUCUAUCUAUCUUCUUCUUGUCCAUCCAUCCAUCCAUCCAUUUUCUGAGCCGCUUCUCCUCACUAGGGUCGCGGGCGUGCUGGAGCCUAUCCCAGCUGUCAUCGGGCAGGAGGCGGGGUACACCCUGAACUGGUUGCCAGCCAAUCGCAGGGCACAUCGAAACAAACAACCAUUCGCACUCACAGUCAUGCCUACGGGCAAUUUAGAGUCUCCAAUUAAUGCAUGUUUUUGGGAUGUGGGAGGAAACCGGAGUGCCCGGAGAAAACCCACGCAGGCACGGGGAGAACAUGCAAACUCCACACAGGCGGGGACGGGGAUUGAACCCCGCACCUCAGAACUGUGAGGCUGACGCUCUAACCAGUCGGCCACCGUGCCGCUUCUUCUUGUCCAUAUAUUUUCUAAAAGCCCCGCAAGUGUUAAGAAUUAGCACUGGUGCCAAAAUGCUUUAAAGGGACUAGUUAAAGGUGGGAACAUGGGUACUUACUCCAUAGUGCUGGACUCAAAAAUGUCUCAAGAAAAAAAUGUCCUCCAAAAUACACUGUCGUCAUUUUAGAAUCAUUUACUGAUGAAAUAUUUGAUUUUCAGCCAGAUGUUGGCCCAACCAUAUUUUGGACAUGAGCCUGUCACAGCCCGAUACAUCACGAGCAGCAGCCGAUUACCUUUUCUCAUUGAACUUCUAUGUUAUGUUUUCUAUGUUUUCCCGUAACGAGGCCGAACCCGUUAAUGUCGCUUAAUGUCCUGAAACUGCAGCUGAUCUGAUUUGAUCUUUUCUUAUCCCUAAAUUCUAAAAUAUUGGGCUGAUCGUUGUAAUAUUUUAAGAGGUUGAAGCUGCCAUUAGUAGAGAUGUCCGCGUAAAUUUUGGUGAUGAUUGUUGACAGUUUUGGGACAUUAAGCCAUGUUUCUUGGUUUCAUGCAUGAGGCUUGCAAGGAUGUGGCACUCGGCCGACAUGUUUAUAUAAUUUUAAUUAAAAAUGUGCGAUUUAUCAGCACAUUAAAUUAGUGAUUGAACAUAAUUUUGGUGUACUAGCUGUUUUUCAUGUGAUGAUGAUGUCAAUGAUACAUGACAGCAAUUGUAAGCUAUAAUACCAAUUUGAAGAAAGCAGUGUUUGGAAACUCAAGCAAGCUUUAUUUUAUUUUUUAUUUUCUGAAAAGUUGUCAUUUUUAAGGUGAGGGGAUUCCACCUGACAGCUAGGAUAUAUAAAAUAUGACUAAUUACUGCCACUUUAUAGAAUAGUACAUAUUCCUUCCCCCACACCAGCUAUGCUAGUGCUUUUCAAUUUUCGAUUUUGGCGAUGAAAAAGGGCCGUUUGAAAGGGAAUUAGUUAUGUCCCAAUUGCUACAAAAUGUGUUGAUAUUAUUGGAGAUGACUGCCAGUUUAAUUUUCUUCAGCAAAAGAUGCAUAAAACGAAAUAUUGUUUGUGAAAUAUGGACCUUUAAGCAAUGUAUGCAUUUUGUCAUUGCAAUGUUUUAGCGAUGUUAAUAUCAAAGAAGUGAAUAAGACUGGAAAGAAACUUUGACAUUUGGUGGUGAACUGUAAAUUGCAUGUGUUCUUGAAUAAAAUGCACUUCUUCUAACAGUGA